AGUCGUGUCACUUCACCCGCGUAUGUGAAGGUGACAUAGAACGCGUUCCGGCGCCUUGCUGAGUGCCCCGCGCAAGCGCAGCGUUGCUCAGUGGCGAUUCCUUGUGUGCCGGGCAGACAAGACGGGCGUGCACGGGGCCCCUUCGUCGCGGCUCGUCGCCCACCAGGCUAGCUUGCUGCUGUUCUGCGCCAUGCUGGGCGUCGUCCUGUCGACCCACGGAGGCAGCGGCACGCUCCUGGGCUUCUUCAUCGGCCUCAGCAAUGCCAUGAUGUUCCUGGCGCACUUCAUACUGCUCUACGCGCCUUUCGGACUGUUCUUCGCCACGGCUGCCUACGUCGUGCAGACACGCAACCUGCAGUGCGGCUCCUGGUUCCCAUGGCGGCAGUCCUGAACACAGACGGCACCUCAAUCUACAUCACCAUCAGCGCCCUGUUCUUCGCCCAGACGAAGACUGACUACGUUGACCUCCGCACGGUCGUGCUUGUCUGUGCCCUGUCUGUGCUGUGCAGCAUGGCGGUUCCCACGACCGGCGGUCCGAGUUACCUGAGGCUUCGUCUGAUCCACGAAGCGGUCGGGAUGCCGACGGAUGGCAUCGGGAUUCUCUUCGUCACAGACUGGAUUGCAAGCCGCCUGGCGACCGUGGUGGACGUGCUGACGGGUCUGGUUGGCGUCCAUGUGGUGCAGCACUAUUGCGGCUUGGAAGAACCGCCCACCACGGAAGACGCGAACAGGGAAUUCCCCCCAUAGUAGUGCCCUCUCGCUGAGAGCGCACUGCCAGGAAUCGCUCACUGGCGUCUUGUCAGUGAUUAAUG